UGUAACUGUAAUAAUAACACAAACACACACUCAAGUCUCAAAGCCCAUCCUCUCCAGUCUCCUCCACCAUGGCUAGCUUCCUCUCCUUCUUUCUCAUCUCUUCUCUAACCCUAGCCGCCAACCUAGUUUCCACCACAGGAGAAACCCUCGAAUCUGAUUUCUUGCAUAACAAGAAAGAGAAACUAACUCAUUUCAGAGUAUACUGGCACGACAUCGUAAGCGGCCAAGACCCGACUUCGGUAUCAAUCAUAAACCCUCCCAAGAACUACGUGAAUGCAACAUUUUUCGGUCUCAUGCGAAUGAUUGAUAACCCUUUAACGCUAGCUCCAGGACUAAGCUCCAAAAUGGUGGGAAGGGCACAAGGGUUCUACGCAGCAACAUCUAAAGAAGAGAUAGGUUUGUUGAUGGCUAUGAAUUUCGCGAUUUUGGAUGGGAAAUACAAUGGAAGCACGAUCACAGUGUUUGGAAGAAACUUGGUGUUGGAUAAGGUGAGGGAGAUGCCAGUGAUUGGAGGAAGUGGACUUUUCAGAUUUGCUAGGGGUUAUGUUGAAGCAAGAACGCAUGAGUUUAAUCUCAAGACAGGGAACGCUGUUGUAGAGUAUAACUGUUAUGUGUUGCAUUACUGAUUCUUGAUUAGUUUUCUAUUGUGGUGGUGGUGGUGGUGGUAAGAGAUAAUGCUUUACACUUUAAUAAUUUUACUA